AAAAUGCCACGCGUACCCCAUAAAUCUCAUCCUAUAGGAUUUCCAAUUUAUUCUAUGGCAUUUAUAUCUCCUCAGAGGAUCGUAUUAGGCGGUGGUGGUGGAUCAUCAUCAAAGACAGGCGUAAAGAACAAGCUAGUGACGUAUGAUAUAACAUCUGAGGAUAUUUCUACCCAUUCGACUUAUGAAUUGCAAUCUGGAGAGGAUUGUCCAAUGUCGAUUUCUGUACCAUUCACAAAUAAGAAAUAUUUACUAGCUGGUAUAAACUCAUCACAAAAACCAAACAACAAUUGUAGAUUAUUCCAAAUCACACAGGACAAACUCGAACAAAUCGUCGCGAAACAGACAAUUGAAGGCGAUAACAUCGAAGAUUACCAGCGCAUCGCUGAGAUAUCACCAUCUUCUCAGGUCGUCGUCGUCGAUGGUAAAACUUCAGAAAAGAAGACCUCCUUACAUGCCUUCAGCUAUCCGGAGAUGGAAACACUCUUUGAUAAAGCUAUCAUAGUUGAUGGCGACAUUCUCAGCGUUAGCUUUAGCAACGAUGGCGCUCUUCUCGCAGUAACGACAUCGAAGAGUGUCUUGAUGUACUCUUUCGUAUAUGACGAGAAGAAGAACAAAGUUACAACUAAAGUUCUGCAAACUAUUAGUGACCCACUUGUUCAGAAAACUUCCGGAGCUAGCUUCAGAUUUGCAAAUAUUCUAACGCAGUCUAGAUUUGGAAAGGGAAUACACGUCGGUAGACUCUACACGGUCACUAAUAGCGGACCUCCACAGAAGAAGAAGGGUGCAAGACCUGGUUUUCUCACUGUUUGGGAUACAAACACCUGGAAGGUCAUCAGGACUGUCACGCUAGCAGACAAGCCAGUCACAGCAUGUGAUUUAUCAGAAGACGGUCAAUUAAUCGCAUUUGCGAGUGCGGAUUUGAGUGUCGGAAUAGUGUCAGCUAAGACGUUAGCACCACUCGUUCGCAUUCUCUCAGCACACUCAUUCCCAGUAACUUGUCUCUCGUUCGACCCUACUGCAACGGUAUUGGCAUCCGGUAGUCCAGAUAACAGUCUGCGCCUGGUACAAGUACCGCAGGACUUGGCUGCAAGUGAUUCAGCUCGCGCAUUCGUCCAAGCGCUGGUUAUAGCAAUAUUAAUCGGCUUACUAGCGGUACUGUUACAACUAUACCAAACAAAGUGAUACCAAAAUCGUAAAAUUCUGUUAAUAAAUUACAAACUAGUCUACUGUCUCGCAAAUGUGACCUUAAUCGGCUUAUCAGAUUCAAUUUGAUAGUUAUUGAGAGCGUCUUUAGCGACUGAUGAGCUCGAUUCAUCCAUGUAUUCAACGAAAGCAAUGUCUGGUCUGGCGGGGAUGACACGCACUUCUGCCAAAUUUGGAUACUGACCGAAAAUCUCCUCGAGCUUUUCUUUUGAGGUACCACUUGGGAGGUUUUGGAUGAAGAGGAUGACGUUUGGUGGAAGAUACUCGUCUGGCAUUUGUUGUUGUUUUUGUUGGGCUGCUUUUGUUCCUUCAUCUCUUUCAGCUGGCUGACCGGCUUUGACCCUAUUAGAUUUCAUCAACCUUAUGUAAUUCUCCUUGCGUUUGAGUGGCUUAGCUUCCUUACGCUGCUGAAGAUGCUUCUCCAGCUCCUCGGUGCGCUUCUGGCGACGGAAGACAGCGUCUGCGUUACACUUCGCAAAAUCAACUUUAAGAGGCUGGCCGUAAAGUGGAAAAUUCUGCGUAUCUGUAAGAGCCCUUUUGGCUACAUGUUUGUUAUUGAAAGCUAUAAACGCUUGUCCACGCAUCCGUAUGUUUUUGUGAGCGACGACAUCCAAAACUUCGCCAAAAUUGCUAUACAAAUUCCUUAGUGAUUCUUUCAUAGUCGCUAAUUUAACGGUUUCAUUCAAAUUUCUUACGUAAAUCGUUUCAUUCUCGCUACCAUCGAGUUUCGCUUGAAGUGCUGGUUGAGGUACGUCGACUUUGUUUAUUUGAGUACUCGUUUCUGACGGCUGUUCUAUUUGCGUAUCUGUCGUUGAUAUUUCUGCUUUUUCUGACAUAAUCUGAUGAUCGUUCGAGAGAAGCAGUGAUAGAAGGGAAAUAGAGAUUGUUAUAGUUAUUAAAUGAUUGUCUAAUGUAUUACUUUUAAUGAUAUCCAACUACAACUUCUUAUAUAUAACCGUAUAUGGAAAACACCUCAUACGAUCUAUUAUCAUGCAU